AUGUCUCUGAAGCAGGCGUAUGAGCUCGAUGCUAAGCAGCUACUCAUACAGGAAAUCGAGACGUGGGUAGCUGCCCUGGGGCACUACGAUAACAACGAGUUCGACGAGGCCCUGCGAAACUUUGAACCUAUAUGCGACACGUCAAAGAUACUGUUCAAUUGUGGUGUAAUACAUGCGACGCUGGGCGAGCAUGAGAAAGCUAUUGAUUCUUUCCAACGCGCCGUUCGGUUAGACCAAUACCUCGCCGUGGCAUACUUCCAGCAGGGAGUCUCGAACUUUCUCCUGGGCGACUUCGAGGAGGCGUUGGCGAACUUCAACGAUACCCUCCUGUACCUCCGUGGCAAUAGAUACAUCGACUAUGAGCAACUGGGGCUAAAGUUCAAACUGCACUCCUGUGAGGUGCUCUUUAAUCGUGGCCUCUGCUACGUCUACCUACAACAGAAAGAUGCAGGUCUGCAAGACUUGUCGUACGCGGCAAAGGAGAAGGCUAAACCCGAACACGAUGUUAUAGACGAGGCGCUCAAAGAACAGGCAGAGGGAUACACCGUCUUCUCGAUACCAAUCGGCAUCGUUUACCGCCCCAACGAAGCCAAAGUCAAGAACUUGAAAACGAAGGACUAUCUCGGCAAAGCGCGUCUAGUUGCCGCGACGGACCCAAACAAUGCCUUCACUGGUUUCGCCGGGUCUGAAAGGAAGAUGUUGAACGCUGCCUCGUUCUCAACGGCCAAGGACGAUCGACCAGAAGAAAAGCUCUCAUACGCGGCAGCGAACCUGGUCAAGCCGGGUUUAUCAAGUCGCACAAGACAGCAAUCCGAACCGCCAAUCAGGCGCAACGUCUUCCCACCCACACCACCUCCAGAAGUCGACAGUCCCGGUAAACGCGCUUCUGGUGGCUCCGGUGGUUCUGGAAGCUGGGGCGGCAUGCCGCGCCCCCAAUCUCUUCGCCUUGCGGCCCCCAAGCCCCCUGCGCUCGAAUUGGGACGCGCAGCGUUCGAGCAAGGCGAGAAGCCGCGGCUGGGAACCGUCAGGUCAGCAUCAGAACGGCCGCGGCCUGCACGCGAAUACUCCUCCGGGCCGACACGAAGUCGUGACGCCGGCAGAGGCGUGCGGGAAACGCCCCUACGGAGGGUGAUUUCGGAUGGCGAGGAAGAAGAGCGCAGCCCUCCUCAAGUUUACGAAGAUCAUCUCCGGCCCUCGUACGGCCGCUCGAACACGCAGCGCAGCAGACGCCCCGUCUCAAUCGAGGAAGAAGACGAAGACGAGUACGCGCACUCCUCGAUCGACGAAGGCGAGUUCGAGAUGAUGCCCAAGCGGUCGCACGCCCGCCUGCCCUACGAGCGGGCAUCGAGCCAGCGUCGAGCCUCCGCGCGGAGACCGCAUCACCUGAAGACUAUCAGGGUGAAGGUGUAUGCAGAGGACACGCGGUAUGUGUUCAUCGAGCCGAGUAAACCGUUCAGGGAGUUUGUGGAUCAGAUUAGGGAGAAGUUUGGUAUACGGCAGAAUUUCAAGAUCAAAUAUAGGGAUGAGGAGGAUAUGAUUACGAUGGCGGAUCAGGAUGAUUUGAACAUGGCAAUCGAGGCUUGCAGGCUACAAGCGCAGAAGGAGAAGGCGGAUAUGGGGAAGAUGGAGCUUGCGUCCUUGGUCGCCCUCAUCAAGCGCGCGGCCUUCGAGCCCAUCUUGACAGGCCCACUCCUGCUUGCUCUAACCAGAGGACCGCCAGAGAUUCGCCUCAGACUACUUCGAGCGUUCCCUUCUCUUACCAAUGCGCGCAGGCUUCCUGUGCUGCUGAGAACCCUCAAAUGGCUCUUUGCGCUUGGCCUGGCGGGUAAGGUCAAUGACCGCCUGAACGCCUGGGCGCAGAACCACUGGCAGUGGCGGAAGCAAGGCGCCAAGUGGGACUUCGCCAAUCAGAAAGAGAUUGCUGUUGUUACAGGGGGAUGCAGUGGCUUUGGGCAUCUGAUGGUUAAGGGGCUGGCGGGGAAGAUGAAGGUUGUGGUUUUGGAUGUGCAGGACAUGCCUGCGGAUCUUGACGGUCGGGCCGGAGUCUCCUUUUACAAGUGUGAUAUUACUUCCAAAGACGCGGUAUCAGAGACGGCGGCCGCAAUCCGCAGGGACGUCGGUAUCCCUACUAUUCUCAUCAACAACGCUGGUAUAGCCCAUGCACACACCAUCCUGGACACCUCGGAGGAGUACCUCGAGAAGAUCUUCCGUGUCAAUCUGAUGAGCCACUUCACCCUGAUCAAGGAGUUCCUGCCCGGCAUGAUGGAUUUGCAAAAAGGCCACAUCGUCAGCAUCGCGAGUAUGGCGAGUUACUUCUCCGGCGCCAGCAUCGUCGACUACUGCUGCACGAAAGCCGGUGUCCUGGCGCUACAUGAGGGCCUCAAUCAAGAGCUCAAGCACCGCUACGGUCCGAACGGCUGUUGCAUCCAGACGACAAUCGUGCACCCGAUGUGGGCGCAGACGCCGUUGAUCAAGAGCUGGGAGGAUUCGCUCAUGGCGUCGAAGACUAUUACGCUGCUGCCCUCUGCCAUUGCAGACCCGGUCGUGAAGCAGGUGCUCAGCGGUCGAGCCGGUCAGAUCUAUGUUCCGGAGAGCGCGGGGAAGUUUGCUGGCAUUAGGGGAUGGCCCCAUUGGCUGCAGGAGCAUGCGAGAGAUGGGAUUGCUGUUGCUACUGCACCGCGUUGA